UUCCCCCCUCCACCUUCACCAUUUCACCGCCUGCUUCCUUCUUCUUGGUCACCCCGUCUUUCUUUUUUCUCACCGCCGUCGCCACCACCAUUUCUGCGCCAAAUCCCUCGGCCCACCCCCUUAAACUCAAGCUCAAAACAGUAAGACCUGGCAUAAACCCCCAAAUCUUUCCGUCAACACUUCCACCUCCAUACCAGCGGAUUUGCAACGAGCCGCCAGAAGUCAGAACACAAGAAAACCAACAAAAAUCGUGCAAAACCAAAAAGUUGCAACCCUAGACCCAAAUCAGCCAACAAUCACCGUUACAGACGAUGCACAGAACACCGGAAAAAUGGGUGUCAAAAUGUACCAUGCGUCAUUUGGGAGUGGGGGAGAUGGACGCAAAAGAAAAAGAACGCGAGUAAUGUCCGGCUACGGCCAUUUUUUCUCCUUGGUGAACAGUGCCCGCGGAACAAGUGCACUGUGUGUGAGUGUGAGAAAGGCAAGCACAUUUUAGCCAUGUUAAUUUUCCUCAGCAGGCUCAAAACCUCCCAGUAUCGUGCUGUAAGCUCAUCACUAUUUGGUUCUUCACAUUAUUUGUUUUCAGAAAAUAUAUUAACUUGGGCCGAACAUUUUUUGUGUUCUCGAUUCUUAUUUUCAACAACUCUGAGUUUUAGCGAUUCUGAUGAGGAUUUUAAUCGAGAAACAAUCAGGAAAAUUGUAAAUGAAGAGAGAUGGGAUGAUUUACGAUUAGUACAAUUAUUUGAUUCGGUUUUAGCCCCAGUUUGGGUGUCCAGAUUGUUGGUUGAAUUAAAACAGGAUCCUAUAUUAGCUUUGAAAUUGUUCAAGUGGGCAGAAUCGCGAAAUGGAUUUCAGCAUACAACAGAGAAUUAUUGUGUCAUUGCUCACAUUUUGUUCUGUUCGCGAAUGUAUGCUGACACGCACAAUGUUCUCAGACGAUUAGUUACUUUACAUAAAAGCAGUAUUGAUACCAAACCAUUUCCGUCUUUAACUAUAUUGGAUGUUUUGUGGUUGACGAGAAAUGUUUGCAUCCCUGGUUACGGGGUAUUUGAUGAGUUAUUUAGUGUAUUGGUUGAAUUGGGAAUGCUAGAGGAAGCUAGGGAGUCUUUCUUGCAGAUGAAAACUUUUAAAGUUAUUCCGAGGGCAAGGUCUUGUAAUGUUCUUUUGCAUAAGUUCUCGAAAGUGGCUGAUGGAGUUCUGGUGAAGAAGUUUUUCAGUGAUAUGUGUGGGGCUGGAAUAGUUCCAUCAAUUUUUACUUUCAACAUUAUGAUUUCUUUUUAUUGUAAAGAAGGGGACUUGAAAGCUGCAAGAAGCAUGUUCAUGAGGAUGAAAGACAUGGGUGUCUCCCCUGAUGUUGUUACUUAUAAUUCACUUAUAGAUGGCCAUGGAAAACUUGGGGAAUUGUCUGAAGCGGUUUGUAUGUAUGAGGAGAUGAAAGAGGCUGAAUGUCUUCCUGACAUAAUCACAUACAAUAUAUUGAUUAAUUGCUUCUGUAAAUAUGGAAAGAUGCCGCUGGCGUUCCAGUUUCUUAGGGAGAUGAAGGAAAGAUGUAUUAAACCUAAUGAUGUAACUUAUAGCACAUUCGUUGAUGCUUUCUGUAAAGAAGGAAUGUUGCAGCAAGCUAUUAAGUUUUUUGUUGAUAUGAGGAGAGUUGGUCUGACACCUAAUGAAUUUACUUAUACUUCUUUAAUUGAUGCUAACUUUAAGAUGGGAAAUAUUGACGAUGCACUGAAGUUUUUAAAAGAGAUGUUGGAGGCUGGUCUCAAGUUAAAUAUUGUCACCUACACGGCGUUGCUCAACGGCUUAUGUGAAGAAGGGAAGAUAAAGGAAGCUGAAGAAGUUUUCAACGCUAUGCUGAAAGAUGGGGUAGUGCCUAAUGAGAAAAUGUAUACAGCUUUCAUACAUGGGUACCUUAAAGCUAAAAGGACUGAUGACGCAAUGAGGAUUCUGGAAAAGAUGAAAGAGAAUAACGUUAAACCUGAUUUACUUCUGUAUGGAACUAUAAUUUGGGGGCUUUGUAACAUGGGGAGGUUCGAAGAUGUGAAUGCAUUGUUGAAUGAGAUGAAGGAACAUAACAUAGAGGUUAGUGAAAUUAUAUACACAACGCUUAUUGAUUCCUACUUCAAGGCAGGGAAAGACACAGAGGCACGGAAACUGCUUAAUGAAAUGCAGGAGAGAGGUAUGGCUCCAACAGUUGUGACAUAUUGCUCAUUGAUUAAUGGUUUGUGCAGAUUGGGAUAUGUCGAAGAGGCAAUUGAUUAUUUUAAUCGAAUGAAGAAAGCUUAUUUGCAACCUAAUGUUGUUGUUUAUACAUCACUGAUUCAUGGUCUUUGUAAAAACGAACGCAUUGAGGAUGCUAGAAAGCUGUUUCUGGAAAUGCCUGAAAAGGGCUUGCUUCCAGAUAAAAUUGCUUAUACAUCUCUGAUUGAUGGGACCAUGAAGCAGGGAAAUAUUCAGGAAGCUUUGGAUCUGGUAAGGGUAAUGACUGAAACUGGUGUUGAAUUUGAUCUUCAUGCGUACACAUGUUUAAUUUCUGGGCUCUCUAGAGGUGGUCAACUUCAGCAAGCAAGGGAUUUGCUUUAUGAGAUGAUUGAGAAAGGUGUUCAGCCGGAUGAAAUUGUUUAUGGUUGUCUCAUACGGAAGUACCAUGAACUUGGAAACAGGGAAGAAGCUGAUGUCUUACUAAUUGAAAUGAUGGAAAGGGGUAAUGCUCCUAUUAAAAGAGAGCUGCUGGACAAAAUUUAUGAACCUGAGGUGGCGUAAACUUGUAUUGUUCUGAUUCAUUGACCACAGCUCUGUCUUGAAGUGUGAGCACUUGAGACGAGGCAUUGAAUGUUAGUCGCAAUUCAAGAUCUUCCAGAUUGCAGUUAGCGUUGCUUGAUAGACUGGAAAAAGCAUAUUGGCAAUUUGCAUAUAAAUUCAACUCUUUCCGGCAGCGAAUUUCUUUUGCUUUUGCACACUUUGCAGGAGAUGGUGAAGAUGGUGUGGCUUAGCAUUUAUAUGCAGUGGAGGAUGGCUGGGAAUUUGUUCUGGGCUGUUGUACUUUGGCAUUGGGCAAUAAGAGUAACACUCUUCCAAUGGUGUACAUUAUCCUAUGGUCAUUAUUAUAUUUCAGGGCUCCAAUAAUUUGGGCAGGGAUGCAGAAACAAUGUUGAAGCUUGGAAGCACUCCAGAUAAGCGUGAACAGUAUCGACUCGUGAGAGAUGCAAUGGAGAGAAGGUCAAUCAGAGUCACUCGUGGUUCAAUAGUUGGUGGAAUACGCCUUGGGAUGUUUACUGCUGCUUUUUAUGGUUUUCAAAACCUGCUUGUUGAACAACAAGGUGUACAUGAUAUUUAUAAUGUAGUUGGAGCUGGUUCUGCUACUCCUGCUACAUUUCAUUUAAUACAUGGGGUUCACUUAGUUGGCGCUUAAGAAAUUCGAUGUUGGGUUCAGUUCCGGGUGCAGCAAUCUGCUUCCCCAUUGGUUGGCUUCAUCUGAAGGGAAAUUGUGUACGACUUGUGAAGUUAGUAAUACUGUGGAAGAAAAGAGCGGGAUUGGCGCCUGGGUUGAGCGACGUGAAGGGAACUUAAACAAAUAGGAAUUGAGUGUUGAACUGCAAUAACCAUGAGCAAUAGACAAUGCAGAAGUAUCGAUCCGCAAAGGCUGAAGCAGAGUUGCAUUGAGCUCGCAUGUGAUGUUUUAGUUGUAUGCGGCUGAUGAAGUUGGAGAGGAGGUGAUUGUUUUGGUAUAGCCAACUUAAUAAAGGAAAAUCAUAAUGUGUUGUAUUCUGAGACCAACUUUAGAUUCGAGAUUAAUGACUUCAAAUGAGUCCAAUGUCAAUGAAAUGUUCUCUUUAUAUAGAAUGUCAAUGUCAAUGCCAAUGUACUCUGUUAUAGGUGAUGCUUUAUUGGCUAUUUUCACCCAAGAGGUCCUGUAGAUGAUGGAGCAAAGCCUCCAAAGCGGCUGCUUAACUAUAUCUAUAUCUAUAUACUUUAUAUGGAAG